AUGUCUCCGCUCUUUGAGAAGUUGAAACCGAGCAAAAGCGAUGGCAUGAGCGGCAUAGGAGCAGAUCAAGGCGCACUGGAAACGUCUGGUUCGCCUUCUUUCAAUCCUACAAAGUCGGCGGAUCAAGAAGGUGAUCCUGACCUUGGAGUAGGAAGCGGUGAUGGCAAGGGUCAGGAGCGAGCUCCCAACACGUUCGGCGGGCCAUCCUUUGGCCGAACCAGUCAGACCUCUAAGCAUGACUCGGAGCUGCUGAACAAGUUGGAUCCCAGAAUUGGGUACGACGGCGACGAAGUGCGCGAGCAGGACUUAGAGCAGUAUGAGAAGAAGUAUGGCAGGCCAGAGCCUGUUCCUGACGCCGACUCGCGUGGAGUAGACAUGGUUGGGAUCGGUCCGGAUCAGAGUGCACUCAGGGAAGACCCAACCUUUCGAUCACAGGAACAGGAAAGGUCGUAUUGA